AUGACCGCCGUUGCAAGUGACGUGGCAGAGGAGCACGAGGAUUUUGAGGUUUUCGGAACUGAUAUAUCGCCGAUCCAACCAGGCUGGGUCCCGCCAAACUGUCAGUUCUUCAUUGAUGAUGCCCAGCUUGACUGGACCUUCAGGCUCGACGAAUUCGACUUCAUUCAUGCCCGUGGCCUCUUUGGCGGUAUCGAUAAUUGGCAGAAGCUUUAUGACCAGGCUUUCAGGCAUUUAAAGCCAGGUGGCUGGUUCGAGAGCGUCGAGGCCGACAGCCAAGUCCGCUCUCAAAACGAAGAGAUUGAAAAGGAUCCCAGCCAUGUCUUCAAACAAUGGGCCCCGCUAUUCUGGAAAGCUGGCGACAUCAUUGGGAAGACUUUUCGUGUUGCCCAAGAUGAUGGCCAGAACCCGAUUGUUAUGGAAACUUGCAUGAGAAGAGCAGGCUUUGUCGACAUUGUGCACAAGAAGUGGAAGGUCCCUGUUGGACCAUGGGCCAAAGAUCCCCACUGGAAGAGGAUUGGAGAAUACGCAGGUCUGUAUGUCGAUCAGGGACUCGAAGGCUGGGCGCUCAGGCCGCUGAGUGAGAUUCUGGGAUGGACUUACGAGGAGCUCCUUGUCUUUAUUGCCGGCAUGCGCAAGGAAUUGCGAAACAAGACCGCAUUGCCAUACUUCAACUAG